AUGUUGUCGUUUAUCCUUAUUCAGAAUCGGCAAGGCAAAACCCGCCUAGCCAAGUGGUACGUCCCCUACAGCGACGACGAAAAGAUCAAGGUCAAAGGCGAGGUCCACCGCCUCGUCGCCCCGCGCGACCAAAAGUACCAGUCCAACUUCGUCGAGUUCCGCAACAACAAGGUCGUCUACCGGCGGUACGCGGGUCUCUUCUUCUGCGCGUGUGUCGACACCAACGACAACGAGCUCGCCUAUCUCGAGGCGAUCCACUUCUUCGUUGAGGUGCUCGACGCCUUCUUCGGCAACGUGUGCGAGCUGGACCUGGUGUUCAACUUUUACAAGGUAUAUGCCAUUCUGGAUGAGGUUUUUCUGGCUGGGGAGAUUGAGGAGACGAGUAAGCAGGUGGUGUUAACCAGGUUGGAACAUUUGGAUAAGUUGGAGUGA